CGGCGUAAGAAAUGGAAUGAUUGCAAGAGCAUCUCUCACAGAACAGUACCAUGGAUAUCGUCGAAGAACGGAGGCAUUCUCAAAAUGGAAUAUUCGUUAUCAGCAAUGCAGAUGUUGAAGUUGUUCAACAGGGGGCAAAGGAUAACACCGACGAUGAAGCAGAUUUAGAAACGGCACUAACUGAAAGUGGUUUUGGAAAAUUCAACAUUUUAUUGUUGCUACUGUCAUUCCCUGCAUCAUGCACUGCUAACUUCGAAACCGGAUCUAUGUCCUAUGUGAUCCCAGCUGCGUCCAAAGACUUAGGCCUUACUCCAAAAGAUAAAGCUAUGCUUCAAUCAGCAUGUUUUGCAGGUAUGAUAUCUUCUGGAUUGUUCUGGGGAUUCCUAUCGGAUGCCCUUGGCAGGAAAAAGCUGCUCGUCAUUGGCUUCCUAGCAGAUGGCAUCUUGAAUGUCCUGGCUGGAGCAUUCCCAAUCCUUUCACUGAUGAUAGUCUUCAAGUUCCUCUCUGGCUUCAUGUUCUGUGGGCCAUUUUCAAUUUUCACCACAUAUGUCUCAGAGGUUUUUCUGAAAAAGAGACGAAAUAUAGCUGUCUUGUCAAUGGGAACAUAUAGUGCAAUAGGCCAGAUUGCACAAGCAGGUCUCGCAAUGUUGAUAAUUCCAGCACAAGUUCCCAGUUAUAUACCCUUCAAAUCAUGGCAGCUCUUCCAGAUGGUUUGUGCUCUACCUCCUCUUAUCACUGCUAUAGGCUGUAUCUUCUUUGUUGAAUCGCCGAAAUUCUUGAUUGACAAAGGGAAUCAUGAAAAAGCUCUCAAAGUAUGCCAGACUAUAUAUUCCAUCAAUACUGGUAACCCUCCUAAUACUUAUCCGAUAAAAAAGCUGAAGUAUAAGAAUGCCAAAAGUAAGAAUAGAUCUAAUUACUCCAAAUUCAUGAAUGGAAUGGACAUCUUUAAACCUCCUUUCAUAAAUAAGGCAGUGAUAAUAUUCUUCAUUCAUACAGGAGCGGUCGGCUUAAAUAACAUUUUGCGAUUAUGGUUACCAGAAAUUUUUUCGUUGGUCAGUUCAUCAAACUUGGAUCCAAAAGAAGGACUUUGCCCACUCCUACAAGAAGGUAACUUGGCGAGAGCUAAUUUAACCUCAGAAGCAUUAAAGAAUGAGGAUGUUUAUUUUAAAAUGAUGUUGGUAAAUGCUGGUUGUUUAUUCGGCCAUAUUUGUUUCUUGCUCUUAGUCACUGUUGUAGGAAAGAAGAUAAUGGAACUUGGCUGUGUCAUAGUGGCUGGAAUUAGCUCAUUCAUUAUACCUUUAAUCAGCGCAGAAUACGUCACCAUUUUGGCCUCAAUCAGUUUAACUCUUUACAACAUUUCUAUCUUUUGUAACAUAAAUAUAAUGGUGGAGAUUUUUCCAACAAGAAUGAGAGCAACGAGUGUUAGUGUUUUAAUGCUAUUCGCAAGGAUUGGAACUUUUUCUUUGAAUUUUCUCAUUGCUAACCUUAUUUAUAAUUAUUGUGAAUACUUAUUUUAUGGUUUUACCAUCUAUUCUUUGGUAAUGGCUGCUCUGAUACUGAUUAUACCACAAAAACCUAUAGAAGAGAAAGUUGUAAACACUCUAAAACAGAAUGGAGCAACUGGCCUGAAUGUUUUGCCUAGCAAUACAAGGAGUUCUAUGCUAUGAUCUCAAUUACCAUUGAAUCGAGUCAUUAAUUCUUAGUUUUGUACUUGACAAUUUAAGCAGUAUUAAUAGUAAAAUAUUUAUCAAAGGAAUAAUUUAAUUUUGUUAUACCUACUGAACAUCAGCAUCUAACAUCUGAAGAUAUUAUUGUCCAAGAGUUGGCUUAUAAAAAGCCGACUAUUAAUAAUAAAAGGCUUAGCGAAUCCGAAAGUUCAGUGCAUACUUCCAUCGAAUGAUUGCUGAGCAAGCCGAACUCUACAAGAUUAGCCUUGACAAAAUCCUCCCUUUUUCACUUUAGUGUAUCCCUUAGCACAGCACUUAUUAACCUUUUAAGAAUUCACUACGAAACAUAACAAGUUUAUAUGCCUGCUAUCACCUGAAUUAUAUGUAUUGGGUACUUUUCACACAAUUAAAUAUUGUGUAGCCAUCUAAAUUCUCCAUCUCAGCUUGUCUUUCUUUGGUCCAAAUGUUCUAUGCAAUUUUUUGUUUUCAAAAACUUUAAGGUAUACCUUAAUUCAAGCGGCCACAAUUUGCAUCUUUAAAGGUCCAUAGGAAACAUAAUACUUUUGUAAAUUAAUUUUAAGUUUCAGAACAGAAGGUGGGAGCUGAUUGAUUUUGCAAAAAUAAUAAUGACCUAGCCUUAAUUUCCUCUUCAAUUUCAUUUAUUUUACUUUAAAGUUAUCAUUGACUAAAUCUCUUUUACAAGUUCACGGUGAAACUGUCACCGUUUUUGCAGCUAACCAUAUUAUAUUUUGUCUUAUCCAUAUUUAAUUCAAUCCUCAACUAGUUUUUUUACUUCAUUUCAUAUUUGUUUUUGGAUUUAGUUUUAUAAUUUCUGUGUCUAUACUUAGUAGCGCCUAAUCAUUGAUGGAACAAAUUACCGAUAUUUUGCCACCCAGAUCAUAACCUUUUUCGGUAAAUAUCACAUUUCUACUGGCAUUUUCUAAUACUAUUUUAAAUAGUACUGGUGAAAAAAUAUCACUUUUUAUUUACACCCGGGCAAACCGCAAAAUUCUAACUAUAAUGAAUGUUCAGUCAUGCUCAUUCUUACUAAAAUUACUAACUUUUUCGGUAUACUAAGCUCAAUCUGAAUAUUAUACAACUUCUUAAGGUCAAUGGAAUAUUAUAUAUAUAUAUCAAAUGAGAACUCCGGGUGUGAAGAAGAAAAACUGUAUUUUGCACUUGUUACAUGAUUACUACUACAUGAUCACCUGGUGUGAACCAAGGCGAUUGUUGAACAUAAGACAAUGGGAUAAUUCGAGAGCGGGUAUAUAUUAGGGAAGGCAGAGAGGUCAGUAACAUUGGCAUUGAAAUAGCUUGUAAAUAUUGUUAUAUUAUGUUAUGUCAGUUUCUACUUUGUCUACGUUGUGACAUUGGCAUCAGGGUUUACAGAUAAUAUUAUGACAUAAUAUUCUGGUGCGUUGUCCGCUCCUGGAGGUAACUCAAAAACCAACCUCUUUAAUUUUUGAAGAUUAAUAAUUUAAUUUCUUAACUUUAAUUUACUAACACUUGAGAAGAGCUUUGUAAAACAAACUCUUACCAGAGUAUUCUAAAUUUUAGUUUGAAGUGAAACAAAUGUUUCAGAUUGGACAGCAUUAUAUAAUUUCUUUAUAUUAUUAAUUUUUACAGUAAUAGUUGAUGAUCAACUGCAGGUUGGCAUAUGUCAGAUACAAUGGAUCUAUGGAGGGUUAAAAACCAAAAUAUUUGCAAAUGAAAAAGGUCAAUUUCCAUUUUCUGAGUUUGCUAAUUCAAAGUGAAAACAUCUUUUUUAUUUUCACUUACCUAUGUAUGGUAUAUAUAGCAAGAGAAAGUAUUGCAACCGUGAAAAUUUAUUUGAAACAAUUGAUCAUUUCAUAUUAAUCUAUAAUAUAAAAUAUAGUUAAAUAUGAAAAAAAAUUGAUAAUUAAGGAGAUAUUAAAGAUCUAACAGAGAAUAGUUAUAAUUCAGGAACCAAAGAAAUACCAGUGCACCCGAAAGAUUAAAACACGCUUCCAUACGUAACAUGAGCUUAGUAUAAUGACUGCAGCAAUAUUUUGUAAAUAUACAUAUGCGGUUUUCAUAAAUGCUAUUGUUGGUAUUAUUUAAUAUUUAAUUGUAUGUGAGGAGUUGGUAGGGGAGUGCGGUCAAAUGAAUACAAAACUUUUAAAAAAUAGAAUUUUUAAUUGUUAAGCCAUAUUUUUAGUUGACCAUGUUUUACAAUUAAAAAUACUAUUUUUUAAAAAUUUAGUGUUUAUUAAUCUGGUUUUAUGUUCCACUUUUAAUGAGGGAGAGAUCUAAUAACCAAGGAUCCUUUUCUUAGGGAUCUACUAUUGAAACAAUGAAUCAAUCUUUGAAACUGAGUUUCAACGAUUACAAUACUGAGUAGUAUUUACUUAAGUAUAGCUGAUGAAUAUUGCUUAACUGAAGAGAUUAAGCUAAAUACUUUAUAUAUAGAAAAAGCUAAAUACUUCUUAAAGUACACUGGUCCUUCCAUGUAGUAAUUAAAAAAUGUAUAACUUUACCAACUGUAUAGACUUUUUAUAUAUUAUAGAAUAGGAAAUAAUUUUAUUCUGGGACAAAGUCCCUUUAGAAUAACAAAAAAGUAAAAUAUUAUAUCUGGUCUAGAUAAAAACUAAAAACCCAAAUUACAAAUAAAUAAAUAUUUAUUUAUAAAUAUCAAAUAUAAUAAUAAAUAUCAUUUAUUUGUUUUUAAUUGGUUGGAUUUUUUUCUUUACUGAACACCCUGACUUCUCUUCACUCAUAUAAGGUAUAAUUAUGGAUCAUGAGGAACAAAUAAAUCAAUAGUGUGAAAUUUUAUUUGAUAGAUAAACAAAGUUAUACACAGAAUUUCAUAUGAAAAACAACCAUUUUUACAUAUACAACAGAAUAUUAUUUCAAUAUUUCAAAAAUAUUGUUAUAAAAACAAUUAAAUAAAAAUCAUUUGCUAUGUGUUUUUUGGGGGUCAAUGAUUACAUAGAUCAUUAAUUUUUAGUAUUUAAAAACAGGCAACUAAUAAUAUUGUUUCAUAUAAAUAUUGAAUAGAGAAAUUUUAAUUAUUUAGUUAAAAGACUAACCAAAACACGAACACUCCAUAGAAAGUCUUUAAAAAUGUGUCUAGUACAAAUAUUAUUACGCAUAUUUUAUCAUCAAAUAAAAUUCAACUACCACACUACUCAAAUACAUUGCUAAGACAUAGAGCAUAUCAGUCUUUACAACAUUCACGUUUUAUACAUUACAGUAAUUUAACACAUUAAGUAUACACAAUGAUAAUGAAAUACAACAUACAGCAAAUUUCGAUAAGUUAAGUAGACUAACAUAAUAAAAAUCUCGAGAGAUUAAAAGUUAACGGAUAGGUACAAGUAAAAAAUAGCCACAAACUGUUGUUGAAAUCAUAAUGUUAUUAACAUUAAAUAAAGGCUAUUGUUAACUAGAAUAUAUAUUUAUUCUUCUAUAAAACUAAUAAAAGUAUAGAAUAUAUUUUACAGUGAAACUAUUAAAUAAAAGGCUGAAGAUUUUGAAAGCUUUACUACUUACAUACCUUAUUCAACCAACCUCUGUCAGUCCUUGUGAGAUACAGAUCUCUGAUCUCAACACUCGAACUUGACUAUAAUAUAUUUAAUAUAUGUUAUUUAAGUUGGAAGUUUACAGUAUUGACAUGAAAAUAUAGCAGAAAAUGUUUAAUAUGUGACUUAUCUGAGAUAAGAUAAAUAACUUUAAUCAGGAGUUCAACAGCAAUGUGUAAAAUCAUGGUCCCCAAUAUGCAAAAUCUUACAUAAAAGUGCAAGUUGGAAUUUUGAGAGAUUUGAAAAUUAUAAUUACGUAUAGAUAAAUCAUAUUACUUGACGUAUUUUCCCUGAAAAUAAUUGAAUUUCACAAUAUAUCCAAGGUCAUCGGAAAGGGUUGGGGGGCAUGUUGAAUCCAUUUCAUAAUGCCUAAAAUAUUUGGUUACUUUUAACAUCCCUGUUAACAUCAAAUUAGGUAAAAUUCACUCUUAUUUUUAUAGGUGGAACAAUGCCAUAGAAUUAGGGAUGAAUCUCAGUCUAAAUUUUUGAGAAAUUAGUUAUUUUUUUACUUUGCACACUUCUGAAUCGACUAAGUGGUGUACAUUUUGGAGCCUCAAAUUACUUUUCCCAAUCCUCACCAAAUCAAUUUUCUUUUGUUUUAGUAAUAAGCCGCAUUCAGAUAUCACAAUUUACAUUUAGGUAUCUAAGCACAGGAGAUUUUAAAUGUUGACAGGAUAUAAACAAAAUGAAACAGACUUUACUUUUGUAAUAAUACAAUUGCCAUGAUUGACAACAACAAAGAAAAAAAAAUGGAUGAGAAUAUCUUCAAGUAUUAAAAUUUUUUUAAACAAAAACAGGAAAAAAGAAUCUAUAUGCUCUUUCUCAUGAUAAAAGUUAUUAAUCAUGUGGCCUAUAAACUAUUAACAAUAAUGCUAAGCAAACCCAGAUACCACAAAAUAAGAAUAAAAUUUAUGUUUUUUUUUAAUGAUAGGUAAGUUUAACCUUCCUAGCUGAAAAUAAAACAGAACUAUUUCCACAACUAGUUACAUGUGUAUCAAGAAAAUAUUUCAUGAAGUGUAUGAAACUUUCAAGUUAUUGAUAAUUAAUAUUUAUGAACCAAAGUUUAAAACAAAAUAUUUGUAUACAUAAAUCAUAACAAAUAAGCAUGUAAUUAUCACAUAUAAAUUUAAAAUUGUUGUAUUACCCAAGACCUCAGUAAAAAACAAAUAUAUAAAAAUAAAAUAAAUAAAUCUUCAAUAAAACAUUGAUUUUUAUAACUACUAUUCUCAGUUCAUUUUAAAUAUUCAAUUAAAAUAAAAUCAAGGAGUUCGCAAGUGGCACCUGAUUUCAGUUUAAAACAUAACCAUUGACAGGAAAGUCUUAAAAACAGUUUUCACAUGAAGUGAAAAGUUAAAAUUAAUACAACCUACUCAAAAAUAUUGAAUAGAAUUGUUAUAUGGAUUUCAAAAAAUAUUAUGAUAUUUAUUAAUAAUAUAAUUUGACCAUAAAUCAUUCCAAAUUUGUAAAAAUAUUGAUUGGUUCGUUGUAAGUAGAAUUUUGAGAAUUGAAAAUGUUAAGAUAUUGAAUGAGAACCAAAAUCAUUCGACAUUUGGCAAAUGCGUUAAACAAUUGAUUACAUUUAAGCUUUUAUAAAUUAUAUUGAUCACAUGUUUGAAAAAUUAAAUAAAAUAAUUAAUCAUACAAUCAUUAUCGUGAAAGAUAAAAUAAAUAACAAAUAUGUGUAGCUCAGAUUUUAUUAACAAGCAAGAUGAAAUUGCACCAACAGAAAAAAAUUAUACCCGUGCCAUUACUAAAAUUGUAAUAAGUAUAAGCUUGAAAAUUCUCUGUGUGACAAAUUAGAUUAAAUAUAAUAUUACCAUCAAAUAAAUUAUGGAUACAUUUUCUACCAAAAUCAUUAAAAGCAAUAAGUAUAUGUAUUAUUGUUUGUAAAAUAAAGUAAAACUACAAUAAAUAUUUAAAAUUGUAAAUCAAAUAAUUAGAAAAAAGUGUAAUGAUAUAUUUCUUAAAUUAACUUGGGAUUGAAGUGAAGCAGACACAGAGAGGGACCAAUUGUUUUUAGCAAAACAAUAAUAUUCCUUACUAAACACCAAUAAAGCAAAGGAAUAUAAUGACUAAUACUAAUCAACAAACAGUGAUGUUUACAUCAGUUAUCUCAGCAGCAUGCAGAGUUCCGUGUUGAUGUUUUUCCAUCACCAGACAGAGUUGAACCCGGAGAAUGUUGAGGACCUAUUUUUAUUCCGUUUGCUUCAUUAUUUAUAUCGAAAACACCCUCUUGAAUCUUUUCAUAAAUUUCUUUUGCUGUAUUCAUAAAGGCUUCUUCAACGUUUGCCGAAGUUUUAGCAGAUGUCUCCAUAAAGACUAAUCCAUGUUCUCUGGCAAAAGCCUCUCCAUCUUCCUUUUUAACUUCUCUCCUAGAUUCAAGAUCACUUUUAUUACCAAUCAACAUAAUGACCAUAUUGGAAUUCGAAUGCUGCCUAGCGUCGUCAAGCCAUGAAGACAGGUGAUUGAAUGUUUCCUGCCUCGUCACAUCAUACACUAACAAGGCACCAGCAGCUCCUCUGUAAUAAGAACGCGUAAUCGAGCGAAAUGCUUCCUGACCAGCAGUAUCCCAAAUCUGAAGUUUUAUGUGUUUACCAUCAAUUGUUACCAUUCGAGCACCAAAUUCAACACCAAUGGUUAAGUCAUGAACUGGCUGAAAUCUUUUAUCAGUAAACUGUAAAAGCAAACAGGACUUUCCAACUCCUGUGUCUCCAAUUAUAAUAUACUUGAAGAGGUAGGAAUAUGACAUAUUGGCAUUUAUUCAAACACUUAUCUGUUGAUAUAAUAUGUUUGUUACGACACAAAACAAUUAUAUUCAAAACACUAAAACUCAAAAUCCCCGAAAAGUUGUUACCCUUAUCUUUUUAGAAUAUAUUUUGUUAACUAAUGUUAGCUAUGAUUUCUUUUAAGUAUGGUUACAACAGAACAAUGAAAAAAGAUUAUAAAUACUAGUGAUGGCAACUUUC